GCUAGACAGCGCUUCAUCAACGAUUAAAUAAUUUAAUAAUUUUCCAAUUUUGGUGUUUAAAAUGAAUUUCGAAGAAUUGUGGAAUACACCUUUAAUAGAGGGCGCAGAUCGAGUUGAUCCUGCAAUUUUUGCAUCGAUGCAGCCACGUCGUGUGCCCUUUGAGGUGGCUUCCCUCAGUGAUGCCAGAAUGGUGGAAGCCUACAAGAAGGCGCAUUCAUGGAACAGCAGCGAGGCAGCCAACGAUCUAGAGAUGAUCAAGACUAAGGAAAUUUGCCGCAAGUGUCUGUUGCAUGUGAAAGUGUGUCGUGAAUUUGGGAAAAGUCUAAAGCAAUACGAGAUCGAGCAAUACAAGGCAGAAAAGCAGAAACGCGAAGACAAGAAAAAGGAGGAGGAAGCCGAGCAGCAUAAAGCGGAAAAGCAAAAACGUAAGGCCAACAAAUAAGAGGAAGAAAAGCAAAACCCUUCGGAGAAGAAGACUGAGUAGACAAAUGCAAUAAAAAAUAGAA